AUGAACGUAAAUAGUAUUGGCAGAGGAAGAGAACAACAAUUUCCAUCACCUUCUACAUCAUCGACUUCAUCAAAUUUUACAACUAGCAAUGUAAUUCCUUCGCCAUCGUUAUCUAGUAUUCAUAAUUUAUUAUCGAGUGGUACAACUGCAGUGGUAAAUAGUGGUAAUUUAAUGCAUGUGGUGAAAGAUCUACCGCAAAGCAUGGGAUUUUUUGCUGUUGGUACUGAGAAAACAAGAGCAAACUAUCCUCUUCUUCCAGAAAUUGUUUUGAGAAUUGUAAAUUGUGAUCGUUUAAUGGAUAAAUGUAAAGAUGAAGAAUCCACAUGUUUUUUAAGUUGUCAUAUUGCUGCAACUAAACGUAGCGAUCCAAGUUGCAAUGAUAUCUUCACCUUCUCCGAAUUUCCACUCAAUACCAAUAUUAAAUUGAGCGAUUUAAUUACUCAAUCCUAUACUCAAGAAUUUGGUGGAUGUACUCAGGCUGUCUUUAAACCAAAGGGUUUCGUUUUGAAUUUACAUGAUACUUCUGUAUAUUCAAAGUUUACAAUCAAAUUCCAACUUAUUUUGGAUCAAAAGAAUACCAACAAAGUUCUAAUUGAUCAAGUCAAUACUAAUUCAUUUGAAGCUCCAAUCAUGUCUCUCACAAUGAAAGAAGAUUUUGAUGACAAUACCAAGUAUAUUAUUGGCUCACUUGCCAAUAGAUCUGAUGAAUUAAUCAAACAUGGAUCAAAGAAAAUAGCUGCACCAGUUACAGUUAAAUUUUCUCCAACUUUUUUGGAUCAUUUCGUAAAGAAUAUGAAAAAAGAGCUCUAUGCACAUUUUUAUAUUAGAGGAGAAGAUGGUGAUGAUAAGGACAUUUCUUACUGUUUAAUGAAACAUGACAGAAUCAAGAUUAAACCAAAUGUAUAUACCUAUCAAUUGGAUAAAAAUUUAGGAAGAUUGGAUAAUGGUGAGAAGAAACCACAAAAGGAUAGAUUUAGAUUGGGUGUUGUUCUCUGCACAAAGUUUUUAGCUCUUCCAAGCAAUAAGUUCACUAAGAGAAUGCUCAAAUACAAGUACCCAACUCAACCAAAAUCAGAUCCAUCACUUUUGUAUUGGAUCGAAACAAAACCUUUCCAGAGUGCAAAGAGACAAGAUAUUUGUAAACCAAAGAGAAAGGCUCCAGAAGAUCAUUCUGAUGAGGAAGGUAGCAAUGAAUCACAUAGUACCCAUCUUACUUCACCUCCCCAAAAUCAACAACAACAACAAUUGGCAACUCCUCAAAUCUCACCAAAGUUAGUAACUGAUUUGAAAGAAAUUCUUUCUGCAAGAAUACUGAAUCAAAUGUAUGAGAAGGAUCCACAAAAAAGUGCACUACUUGAGGAUUUCAUUCAUCAAAGUCAAUUGUUGUUGCAGGUUUACAAUCAACUUCAUAAUACUAGCUCUGGAUCUAUUCAAAUUGUUUCCUACAAAUUUGACAAAAUUUAUCCAACUGAAGGCCAUGAAGGAACACCUGUUGCUGUUAUUUCAUCAAAGGAAUUACAUCAAGACGCUAAAUUUAUUGUAACAUUUGGAGGAACUAAGCUUUCGUAUAGUGGUGGUAUCACAUCAAAGCACUCAAUUGGUUUUACUGUACCUCCAAAACCAAAUGCAAAUCAAAACAGCUAUGUUGUUACAGUAUGUUCAAGAGAUGCCUAUGUCCAAGUUCAGGAACCUGAGACCGAAAUGAUUUUCACUUAUGCUGAGGAUAGGAUGGUAUAUGAAGCUGCAGUAACAACACAAGUACAACAAGAUAAUACAAGUAUGUUGGACUUACUGAAUGGAAAUGGUGCUGUAAAUCAAAUCCAAUCACCAUUCGAUGAUGAAUUUUUAGAUUUGAAUGAUUGCUUUACUAAUGGUGAUUUUAAUGGAGUUAUGGAAUAUUUCGAACACAACUCAAUUUGUGAUCUUGUAACAGAAAGAGAUAGUGCUCACAAUAGACUUCCAAUGGAGAAUGCCCGCAACUCUGGGCAAUUAGAACUUAUUGAAAAGGUUGUACCCGUUCUGUACGAAUAUUGGCUUGAUGAAUUACAAAACCUCACCCUCAUCGCUAAGGAAUUAUUGGUUGCCAGAACUGAAAGAGAAAUUAGCGUGAACCUUGAAAAGGCAUCCAGAGCUCUCUCCAAGCUGAAUAUUGACGAACAACAAGAAGUUGAAGAGACCAUUGUUUCAUCACCAACCAAUUCUCCAUCGAUCCUUAUUUCUUCCUCUCCAAAUAGCUUAGAUCCAAAAGAUUCUACCAAACUCACAGCAGGAAAGAUACAUAGAAAGUCAUCUUUCAGGGAAAUGAUAACUAAAUUAUUUACUGUUGACAGUAAUAUGGCAUCUGCAGAUACAUCAGAUGAUAUUAAGGACAUUAUGACUGAGAUCACAACUUCUCCAAAACACGUAAUGAUUGCAAAGUUUGAACCAAUCACCUCCACCAAAAUUUUACAAGCAACAGAGGAACCAAUAUUUAAGAAUCCUGAUUCAUUGAACAAUUUAUCAAAUCUCAAGAGUAAACUUGAGAGAUUUGAGAAUGAGGUCGAUCCAAAGGGAAUUGAUACAAUCGUAAAGACUCUAGGCGAUAGUUCUUCAAUUUUGACAUCCUAUUUCUUAAAGGAAAGUAAUCUUACCAAACUAACUGUACAAUUGAGCCUUUACCAAGAAAAUGUAAAGAAAGGUUCCAAACCUUCAACAAACAAGUCUGAUUUUGAAGAAACCUUCCACUGCUUUGAUCUUUCAAUACAAUUGAAUGAAAAGACGACCAUCUCUUGGGACUCUGCUAGGGGAAUAGCCAAGAUUGUUUCAAAACCAUCCAUGAAUAAGCUUUUUGCUGUAUUUGAUAUUCUCACAUUGGAAGGAAAGAGUGCAAUUUCAAACUUUGUUCAAAAACUUUCCAUGACAAUUGCCUAUUGGAAUGUAAAUCAAAACACAGAUGCAACAGGUCAACAAUUUAUAGAGUCAAUCUUAUUAGAAACAGGUUACAUCUCAUCAUGUAAACCUCUCUUUGAUUCCUUCUCAAAUAUGGUUCUUGGUUCAAAUUCUCACGACAAGGUCAUUAGAAGAAAGAUCAAACUUCCAAAGGACCUCAGCAAGGGAUUCUCUAAAAAGAAAUGGAAAUUCCAAAAUAUUAAGGAUGCUGCAGAAUUUAACGAAUCGCUCAACCACUUCUCUUCCUCUGAGGAAAAUGAAUUAUUAGCCACCAAUUUAGCCAAAUUAGCUCAAGGAUUCGAGAGGGCCUUGUUGUGGAAUCAGCAACAAUAA